AUUGAAACGCUUCCAUGAUUGAGACCCGUCCGAUUUAUCUUCGUGGUUCACUUGCUGGUUUUUCAAAAUUCCGAGAAGAGUAUUAGCCUAUUACUUAUUAGGUAGGUAGAGGAUACAACUCUCCUGCUGUCGUUCUUCCAUUUUCAGAAUGCAGAAUCCUCCAGGAGGUCCUCCUCUUGGAGCUAUGGGUGCUGUUCCCCCAACAUUACCCCCAGGCCCUUAUAUUGGGCCUCCAAUGACUGGACAGCCAGCACGACUUGCUGCUCCUCGGCUGCCGCCGCCUUCAUUUGCACGACCUCCUGGUGGCUUCACCUUACCACCACCAGCAUUUUUAGCUCAAUUUGGACCCCCUCCCGGUGAAGGAGGCUCUCCACUGCCUAGUGUAGCUCCUCCUCUGAAUGCGUCAUCCAACAGCAACUCCCCCAGCCUGCACAUGUCUCCCACUCAAGCCCCACUGGCUCAUGUAGCUCCUCCUGGUGCACUCCCCCAAGCUGCCCCCUCUCUUCCCCCAUCUGUUCUCCCACCAUGCCUCCCUCCCUCUGGUCCAGCCCCUCUUCUUGCACCUCAGGCUAGUGAUCCUCUCACUGUACCAACUCCAUCCAAGGAAGAGACUGCCAAGAACAAUAGUGGUAAGAAGGCGAGUGUGUGGACGGAACACAAGGCAGGAGACAACCGCAUUUAUUACUAUAAUUCUGUCACUAAACAGAGCUCCUGGGAGAAGCCUGAUGAACUCAAGACCCCUGCCGAGCUUCUGCUAUCGCAGUGCCCAUGGAAGGAGUACAAGAGUGAGAGCAGCAAGACUUACUACCACAAUGUCAUCACUAAGGAGUCUCGCUGGACCAUCCCUAAGGAGCUUGAGGAACUUAAAGCUAAAAUAGCGGAAGAACUGCCAGGAAAUGAAGGCAAGAGCAAGCAGCCGUCCGCCAUCGAGCAAGCGAUGGCCGCCACACUGGCCGCCAUAGAAGCGCCCGCCGAGGAGGACCAAAGCAGCGUCCACAGCUCCUCGCCUUCCCCCAGCAAGCAGACAGUGGAGCAACUCACUGAAAUAUGGCCUCGAGAAACUUCUUCUUCUCCAGUCCCUUCUGCAGCGCUCGUCAAACCAUCUGUUGCCACUGACCGCAAGCUGCUGGUGUUCAAGGAUAAGCGGGAGGCCAUCGAGUCCUUCAAAGAGUUCCUCAAGGAAAAGGGCGUGCCGAGCGACGCGACAUGGGAGCGCGCCAUCCGCAUGAUCCAGAACGACCCCAUGUACCAGUCCUACGCGAAGCUCAACGAAAAGAAGCAGGCUUUCAACUCAUACAAAGUGCAUCGAGCGAAGGAGGAGAAAGAGGAGCAACGGCUGAAGGCCAAAAAGGCAAAAGAAGAUCUGGAACACUUCCUCUUGAACAACGAACGCAUGAACUCCAGUGUGAAGUACUACCGCUGCCACGACCUCUUCCACCACUACGAAGUGUGGCAGGCGGUGGGUGAGGCCGAGCGCCGCGACAUUUACGAAGACGUUGUCUUCAGCCUCGCCAAGCGCGAGAAGGAGGAACAUAAAGCCAUGAGGAAACGCAACAUGAAGGUGCUGAGCGAGAUCCUGGACAGCAUGACGAACAUCACAUUCAAAACGACCUGGUCGGAGGCCCAGCAAAUGCUCAUUGAUAAUCCCGUCUUUGCCGAAGACACCGACCUGCUCAGCAUGGACAAGGAGGACGCACUGAUCGUGUUCGCGGAGCACAUCAAGCAGCUCGAGGAGGAGGAGGAAGAGGACCGCGAGCGCGAGAAGCGGCGGCUGAAGCGCCAGCAACGCAAGUGUCGGGACAGCUUCGUGGCGCUGCUCGACUCCCUGCAUGACCAGGGCAAGCUCACCUCCAUGUCUCUCUGGGUCGAGCUCUUCCCCAUCAUCUCGGCUGACAUCAGGUUCUCGCAGAUGCUAGGGCAGCCCGGCAGCACGCCACUGGAUCUGUUCAAGUUCUACGUCGCGGAUCUCAAGUCGCGCUUCCACGACGAGAAAAAAAUCAUCAAGGAAAUUCUGAAGGAGAAGAACUUCGACGUACAAGUAAAGACGAGCUUCAUGGAGUUUGCGACGGUCGUGUGUGAUGACGCACGCUCAGCCACCCUCGACGCUGGCAACGUCAAGCUCACCUACAACGCCUUGAUGGAGAAGGCUGAAGCGCGGGAGCGAGAGCGUCAGAAAGAAGAGGCGCGGCGACAGCGCAGGCUGGACGGCGGCCUGCGUGGCCUGCUGAAGAGCAGCGGCGUGGGACCCGAGACGCAGUGGGACGACUUGAGGCCGCGCAUCGCUGACGACCCCGCCUUCACCGCCAUAGACAUCGAGGCCGAGCGCAUGCGCGUCUUCAAGGAGUACCAAGCUCAACUGGAGGAGGUGUGUGGCCACCAUCACUCGCGCUCCAAGAAGAAGAACAAGAAGAAGGAUAGACGACGCUCGCGGUCCCGCAGCAACGACUCGGGAGGCGCGUCUUCUGGCAGCGAGUCGCGACACAGAAGUCGUCACCGGAGCUACAGCGACAACGAAGGUGAUGCGUACGCAUCGCGGCACCGCUCACACAAACGCAAGAAGUCCAAGAAGAAGAAGGCCACGAGCCGCUCUCGCUCGGUGAGCAGCGCCGACUCGCACGUCUCCUCGAGCCGCCGCUACUCCAAGAAGAAGAAGAGGCGAGGCAGCAAGUCUCCUGAAUACCCAGGAGCGGCCGAGGCAGCAGCGCCUGCUAAGGCGGCAGGACAUUCGUCGUCACGAGCUGGCAGCGUCGAGGAGGGCGAGCUCAGCGAAGACGAGCUCGAGAAGAAGAGGGCGCUGCUCAUGAAGGAACUCGAGAUCACUCAAGGAUAGCAAGGAUUCAUUUUCAUCUAACGUUCACCUAAGCCGCAAUUCUCUCCCGAUCAUCCGGUCAAUAAUAUUUGUAAUUAUCAUGAAAAAUUUGGUAAUUGCUGUCAUAUUAUCUUAAAGUUCUUAUCUUAUUUUCAAUUAAACCUAACAAGUUUAUUGAAUUGCGAACUGUAACUUUCAUUUUGAAUUGUAGGAUUCCUGCGUUUCUUAUCAUUUUUUGUAAGUACAAACGAAAAAGUUUCAUUUUAUCAGCGUAUUUUUGUAAUGAAGCAGCGCGUCAUGGCUGCUGAUGACUUUCUUAUCAAGAAAUUAGGACUGAAACAUAUGAAAUUUAUGUUCAAUUUAUUCCUCUUCACUUGUCCGCUUUUAGUUUCAACAAAUUCCAAAACAAUUUUGCGCCAAAUGACUUCAUCCAUACAUUCAUCAUUUCGAUUGCUUCACAUUUUAUACUUGGAUAAAACGGCAGUUAAUAAAUGCUCAUUUAUUCAGUG